AUGAACGAUAUUGUAUACAGUUUGAUUUGUCCGGAAAUGUUUAAUCACGUAAUUAAACAUUUAAGAUAUAAUUUUUUUUCCGACGAACCAUUAAACAAGUCUUUAUUUCUAUGCAAACCAGGGCAACCGCAUGAGGAACUCGAAGAUUUCAGCCUCAGAAUAUUAAGUCAAGGGAUUUCAUUUAUGGGUGUUGAUAAAAAUACCGGAGAGGUGAGUAGUGGUAGUAGUGGUAGUGGUAGCAGUAGUAGUGGUAGUAGUAGUAGUGGUAGCAGUGUUUUGUAUUUAUUCGUCAUACCUUAA